AUGGCUAAUGGUCAUGGAGAUGACGAUGCGAUACUGUUAGAUCCGAGGCGAAACCAAUGUAUGGAAAAGAAAAAACUUUUUGAAGAAAUGCUAUUGAAAGACAUGCCAGGUUAGGAACGUAGGAUACUACUAAAACUUUGAAAAACAAACUAACAAAAUACAAGCAUGUUGUGCAUCACUGAUAUAAAUACAAGGAAAAGUUAAAACGGCGUCAACAUCUAGUAUGUUCAAUGUCAAUGUACUGUACUCUGUACUCAGUCUCAGUACGGUUAAAAUUAUAGGAAAAUGCACUUAUACUACUCCAGGCCUAUAGAGUUCCGGAAUUCUGUACUAAAUAUUAUCUUAUAUUCUAUGUCAUGUUGGUUGAUAGGUAUUUAAUUGUAAAUCGGGCGCAUAUAUAUAUAUAUAUAUAUAUAUAUAUAUAUAUAUAUAUAUAUAUAUAUAUAUAUAUAUAUAUAUAUAUAUAUAUAUAUAUAUAUAUAUAUAUAUAUAUAUAUAUAUAUAUAUAUAUACGAGCUUUGACGUGCGUGAACAGAAACGAACGCUACAGCUAUAUCCAAUAUUCAAAGACAACAUAAUUUAAUGAAAAUUCAGUACCUACACAUCUGUUAAGAACUUAAAUUAAUGACUUUUGUUAAGUAUGUUUAAUUUUACAUGAGAGUAAUAAACAUGCAAAUGCACUUUAUCUUAAAUAUUUAUUACCAAAAAUGACAAAUUUUAAGAGGACAGAAGGGUUUGGCGCGCUCUGUCGAACGUGAUCAAAACAAAGAUAAAUUUCACUUUGCACCUGUCUGACCUGUGCAUGCAAUGACAAUGAACUGGCUAUUCCAGUUGAUUCAUUGCCAUUGGGUUCAGCAAUUAACUGAGACUUGAACAUUUUAAGGUUCUUAGGGGGCAUAUGCCCCCCCCCCCCCCCGCCAUGCAGGAAUAAAUGUGGGGGGCUAAGCCCCCUCAAAAUAACCUGAUUCACAGAAAAAUUAUUCUUUGAUCGCUGCCUAAUGCCUACAAAGGCCAAUGUGAACAAAAUUACCAACUUGUGGUGAUUAUACCAACUUGUAGUCGUAUAUAGUGUCUGGGUAUUAUUUGAACUGUCAUAUAGUCAUGGCCAGACCCGUCCAUCCUUCCCAUUUCCCUGACUUUUUCCUUCCCUCUCUUGCCCUUGGUUCCUUAAGGAAGUCAUUUACUGGAAAAUGUGGUGAUAAAAGUUGAGCUGUAGAUAUUGGGGAAAUUGCGUAGGAAGCAAUUCAGUAUUUCAAUUUAAUGUCACGUAUUUGCGAUGAAGAGAUCGAAACCUAAUAUAUUUUUGGCGUUCCUCUCAAAUAACUUGGUUUUAGCUUUAUUUUGUAGCUUACACAGUUAGCAACUUUUUUAAAUGUAUCUGGCGGUUGAGAAACACAAAAUAAUAAUUAAAUGCUGUCAAUUUAAAUACUGAAUUAUCAUUGAUGCUGUAAAAUUGACGCCAUAUUUAUACGGCAAUAUAAGCAAAACUUACUGAACUUCAGACUUCAUUUUUUCUUUGGCGUACGGUCGAAAAUCUCUUCAUUUUAGUAAUUUUACAGAUAAAGCAAUAAACAUACUUUUUAAUUUUGUUUGCCGCUUGAGAAACGUAUCAAAAAUUAAAUAUUUUAAAUAUAGUCGGCAAAACCAUGCAAGUGGAAAAGUAUAAUCAUUAGUUUUGAGCGCGUGUUACGUAACAUAUACAAAAGCUUCUGUUUUAACUUAUCAAUAGAGACCAGGUCAGUAUAAAUAUGAACAGAAAAUGAAAGUACAAAGUCUGAGUCAUGCCACAUCUCAAAGUGGUUCUGACCAUUCGGAUGAUACUAUUAUUUUCUAGGUACUAGUCGAGCAAAUGAACCAAUGCACGCGGUACUUGAAGGUGAACUUGGUGAAAGUGAGAUGGUCGAGGGAAGAGAAGCUCAGAAUGUCAGAAACCGCGCUCUACUCCAUUACCUUGCAUCAUUAGCAAACUCCAACAGCACAAAAGAUACAUUUGAUUUUGAUUUCGUUGAAUCUUUACUGAAAAAUGGUGCAGAUGUGCACAGUGCAGACAAGACAGGUCAGACUGUGUUUCAUGAAGUAGCGAGAUCUUGGAACGUCGAUGUCGCAAAAUUCCUCAUUAACAAUGGUACGAACACUAUAGUCUACGCAUAGGCUACUAUGGUUAUGUACAUCAAAUGUAGGUUUCAAUUGUAUAUAUAGGAAGUGCUGAAAUAUUCGAAUACAUUAAUUCAUGCAAUAUAUUAAGCAAUAAAAUAUAAAGAAUACUAAUUUAAGAUUUAAAAAAAUAUAUGCAUGAAUAUUAAAUAGAUGUACCUUGAUUUUUAAGGUGCAAAUGUGAACCAGCAAGAUCAGUAUGGUCGAUCACCACUUCACGUUGCUGCGGCAGUAGAUUAUGCAGAAAUGGUAGAAUUUCUUGAGCAAAAUGGAGCUGAUAUUGAAAUUAAAACGACUGGUGAAGGACAGACUGCGAUGCAUUUUGCUGCUAAAAAUGACGCUAUCAACUCUAUUCAAAUGUUGCUAGGAUAUGGAGCAGAUAUUGACGCACGUGACAGCAAAAACAGAACACCACUACAGGUACAGGAUUAUUACAGGGUUGUCAUGUGCUCGCUGGUUCCAUGUAAAAUGCAUACAAAAAUGUUUAGUUGUGUUAUUCCCUAAAAAUAAUCAGUGGAAUAGACAUUCUCUUUUUAUACUCUAUAAAGCCCAUCGCGAACUAGAUAAGGCAAAACCGUUACGUGAUAUUUUCCUCCAUUGUACGACUAUAACUGUAGCAUUGAGCGUUAUACAAUCAUUGACUAUUGAAUCUUGCAUCUUUUUUCGGAAAUUAAUGGUAUACUCAUUAAACUGACUACCUUUUUUUUUUAAAUGUUCCAUACCUUUAAUCCAAACUUUGAAAUUGUAUAAUUACUAAUAUUGAUAUUUUCUACAUCAUAGGUAGCUGCAGAAAUGAAUCGUUCUAAAGCUGCCAAACUCCUGAUUACAGAAGGCGCUCCAGCUGGUGUGUAUGACAACUUGGGAAACUCGGCUUUGUCUCUUCUUAUUGAAAAGAUUCCUGAAGUAGCUUUGGAUGCAAUGGAUCAGUUUCAUUCAGUGGACACAAUCAAUCGUAAAGAAUUUUAUUUUCUCAACUAUCUGGAAGGAACAAAGUUACAAGAAGAGCAAACGCAUGCUCGAACUCCUCUUGAGAUAGCUGUCCAGAAUGAGAGAUAUGACAUCAUCAUGCAUCCCGUCAUGCGACGCCUGAUUGGGGUGAAGUGGCAAAUGUACGGCAAAUGGGGCGCGAUUCUAGACCUGGUUUUGAAUUUAAUCUACACAAUAUUGUGGACGGUGCUUGCAGUUACCUUGCCAAAACACGGAAGAGAUUUGUAUAUUCCUCUAAAGUCCAAUGUCUGGAGACUUGUUAUAGUUGUCAUUCUUAUUUUGCUCACACUGGUCGAAAUAAGAAAGCAGAUCAUCAGUAAGUUUUCCUAUUUUGUCAAAGUAGAAGAUAAUAUGUAUAGUUACAAUCUUGAGCAUUAA